AUGGCGGACGACGUGGACCAGCAACAAACUACCAACACUGUAGAGGAGCCUCUGGAUCUUAUCAGGCUCGGCCUGGAUGAGCGAAUUUAUGUGAAAAUGAGAAAUGACCGAGAGCUUCGGGGCAGAUUACAUGCUUAUGAUCAACAUUUAAAUAUGAUAUUGAGAGAUGUGGAAGAAACUGUAACUACUAUAGAAAUUGAUGAAGAAACAUAUGAAGAGAUAUAUAAAUCAACAAAACAGAAUAUUCCAAUGCUUUUUGUCCGAGGAGAUGGCGUUGUCCUGGUUGCCCCUCCAUUGAGAGUUGGCUGAUACAAAGAAUUUAUCAUCAAGGAAACUUUGUCCAAGUGCCGCU